CUUUCUGAAAUGACAUUUGUGUUGAAAGUGACAGGGGAAAGAACAGACUAGAGCCAGUUUACAUAUUUUAUUUGCAUGGCAAUUAUUUAACAUGACACCAAAGUCUGCGUUGUAAAUAGUUAGUAUAACCAACUAACUACAUGUACUGUAUAGCUGAAAAUUGCAAAGCUCGAGACCUUCAUCAUAUAUCCUCUUUGCUAGCUAGCGAACAGUAGCUAACUGUCACGAGCUGGCUAACUGUCGGUACUUCCGUUUAAUCUUUACUAACCGGAGCCGUUGACAUGGACUAUCAACAUACAGCAAACAUUGUAGCCGACUGUCUCAUAAGCUAUACCAAGGACGAGUCUGGGUGGAAAGUCUGCAAGAAAUCGAAUGAUGUCAUCGUGUCCUGGCGGCCGUCGACGGAGUUCCCGGGGAAUGUGUAUAAAGGAGAAGGUGUGGUUAACGGCAGCCCAGAGAAGGUCUGGGAGUGUUUGAAACCCGUGCCCAAUGGCAUGAGAGUGAAGUGGGACAACAACGUGAAAAAGUUUGAGCUGUUGGAGCGAGUCACAGAGGAUGUCUCUGUGUAUCGCACUGUCACUCCCUCGGCCGCUAUGGGGAUCAUAGCGCCACGAGACUUUGUAGACGUCAUACUGGUCAAGCAGUAUGAAGACGGCACCAUCACUUCUAACGCCACCAAUGUGGGCCACCCCAGCUGCCCCCCUCAGUCUGGAUACGUGAGGGGGCUCAACCACCCUUGUGGAUGCAUCUGUGUUCCCAUCUCAGCGGAGCCAAACAAGACGCAGCUGUUCAGCUUCUUCCAGACGGACCUGGGAGGACUCCUCCCUCGCUCCGUGGUGGACUCCUUCUUCCCGUCCAGCAUGGCAGAGUUCUACAGCAACCUGGCCAAGGCUGUCCGCUCCCUCAAGGAUCACUGAUACCUGCCCGAACAUGACCCCGAACCUGACCCUGAACAUGAACCUCACCCCGAACAUGACCCCGAACAUGACCCCGAACAUGACCCCGAACAUGACCCCGAACAUGACCCCGAACAUGACCCCGAACAUGACCCCGAACAUGACCCCGAACAUGACCCCGAACAUGACCCCGAACAUGACCCCGAACAUGACCCUGAACAUGACCCCGAACAUGACCCCAACCUCACCCUGAGCCUGACCCCAACUUCAACCUCAACCUGACCCCAACAUGACCCUGAACCUCACCCUCAACCUGACCCCCAACUUGACCGCUGGUUAACUCUCUCAGCAGGUCCAAGGUAACUCCAUUUUAAAGCACUCAAACUGAAAAUAACGUAUAGAAAUUCCUCUGAUGCAUCAAGUGAAUAACAUGGGGUUAGACAGUGGUAAUGCCAGUUAGGAUUUUCUCCUUUUGAAAUCAAGACGGCAUCCAGUGCUACUAAUCUCCUCCAGCACAUGAAGUCCAUGCAACAGGGCGCUGUGUGUGUGUGUGUGUGUGUCGUCGUGAACAGCAGGGCGCUCUCCGUGUCCUUUGUAUUGGCCUAGGAAGGAAAAUCAAUCCUAAAGACUGCACCCAAAGAAGAAGCAACUCUUACAUUUGCCAAAUCAAAAAAGAAAAUCCCUUUACAUUUCCUGCCCGAGAUGCAUCGGCACCAUGGUCCUGUUCAAAAGAAUGACCGUAGAUUGAGAUCUACAUUCUGUACAUACUGGAGACUCAGAAUAUAUGCAUUCCUUCUCUUUGGUACUGUAACUAUGGAAACUAUGGAACUCUGUCCCUUUGUCCCAUCCUGGUCGCCCUGGUCUUGUGUUCCAGUAUCAUGCAUGUUGCAUGAACCUCACACACUCCAUUACUGGCUCCCCAGGGUUGGGCCAGUGAGUCACAUGAUCUCAUAUGUAGUACUUGAACGUUCCUUGUUUGGUCCCGUCUCCACUCCCCUCUGACUGCUGAACCUCUUAUUCAGUAUGUUCUGUUCUCACUCACAGCUAAGAAGCACAGGUAUUUGCAGUAUGGGCAAAUGGCAAUAUUUACACAGCCUGAACAAUAACAAAGAGUGUAUUUUACCUGUCCAAGGCAGGGCUGUCCAAGGCAGGGGUGUAGCCGGGGAUUUUUUGUUGGAGGUUCCGAUCUUAAAAUGGCGGGGCCACUAAAAUAAAAUUUUAUAUAUAUAUAUAUAUAUAUAUAUCAAUGUAUGGUUUUUUUUACUGUAGGCAAUCAGACAUCUGGGGGGGCCAGACAUGUAAAUGUGGGGGCUACCCCCCAGACCCGCUUGUUGCUAUGCUUCUGCUCCAGGGGAUUGUGGUGCACCUUGAGUCUCAGAGGUAGACAGCAGGAAGGCAGUUGGACGGCAGUUGGAAGGCAGUUGGACGGCAGUUGGACGGCGGUGUUCUCUGCCCUCCAGGCUACAUGUCCUGGGGUUGGAGGACUGACCAGACACGACCCUCAUCUCUGUCCCUCUCUCUCUCAGACUGAGGUGUUGCAGGGCUGGAGAGGGGCUGGCCUAUCAGUGUUGCAGUUUAUUCAAUGUGCUGUGACCCACCUGCAUGCCUACUGUCUUUGCCUCGUGUUCACUGGUAAAGAGCCAUAUACUGGAUGAUAAACAUGUUUUGUAAUCUCUUGUUUUUAAGGAGCCUUAUUGUUAAGUUUCCUUUUUCUUUUCUUUCUUUUUUUACACAGCACUUAACUUUUCUUAUCCUAGGUGGAUUUCUUAAUGAGAACUUACAAGUGUAUUCCGCCUCAUGCCCCAGUUCCGCGUGUUUGAUUUCAACUCACUGCCUCCUAACUGUGUGACACUUUGUUUCAGUGUGUGUACUUGUCUCCUUGCCCACUUUACUGUCAGAAGUCAGGUGACACGUUGUCUUUGCUAGAUUGUUUUAUAAGUACUUGAUCAUGUCAUGUGCACCCUGUGUAGGACUGAGGGUACUUAGUGGUCCUCUCGAUAGAAAGCAGAUGCUGCUAUGGAUGGUUUCCUGAACACCAAGGGUAGUUGAACAAACAGAGAGAAAGGACUGUUUACCUCCUGUACUGUACUGGUUUUGUAUUUCACCAGCAUCAUUAAUAAAAUAACUGACAGUUACAUCCACAAAUGGUGUUCAACUUUGCCUUCUGGCAUGGGUUUCACAAAGAUGUGCUUCAUUGUCUACUCUUGUAAUGUACAGGGUUCCUGCAGGUUUUAUUAAGUCAAACGUAAGACCUUUUAAGACAUUUCCAAGUAUAUAGAAGGGGGAACCCGUGGUGUAGUGGGUUGAGAACAAGAGCCUACACCACAACAACCUGUGUUCAAAACCAGCAUAGAGCGCCAAACACAUCCAUGGGCCCAGAUCCCUGUAACUACAGCGCACUCCCCGACUGUCCAGAUCCCCUCUCCCAACCGUCCUUCCAGGUACCCAGCUGUCCCACCAGGAAAGGCUCAACCAAGAGUCUAAAAAUAAAUUUACCUUUUAUGAGUUUUAUUUAUGUCGAGUUUUAGUCCAAGAGCAAAAAUUGAGCUGUAAGAAGAUCCUUCAGACAGAUUUGAACACAAGACCCCUCCCACAGUAGCCCACAUCCUUAACCACUGAGCUAUCAGGGAUCAUAACAAUUUCCACUCAACAUAAAAUUUGACAUUUAACUAUCUAGUUGUAACA